AAGUGGAGAGGUGAGAGAGCCCAGGAGGGGUCAUGCAGCUGUCAUUCGAUACCCCAGCCCCUCAUACAGCGAGGAACCCCUUUGCACCUGUCGGAUCCCCAUCCCAGCCUUGCUAGAUUCCUCAAACCCCUACUCUAUUUCCCUCUCUCCCUCUCCCUCUAUCUCUCUCCCCUCCUCCUCUCUUGUUCUCUCCCACAAGCCUUGAGGCCAGGUCAUGGAAGGUGGAGAGGCCACCAAAGAAGAGGAAGAGAAGAGCAACCCAAGAAGAGAAGAAAGGUCGAUCGCAAGGCCUACAAACUAGCUAGCUCUCCUCGUGUCCUUGGAAAGAGAUAUAAUAGAGAGAAAAGAAAGGUUGAGGGUUGUUAGCUUGUUAUAGAUAUCGCUAUUGGUAUCCAUGGCUUCUUCUAGUCCAUCUAGUUCUAGUUCAUCUAGCUAUAGAUCGAGGUUUGGGGACACCACCUUGACCAAGGUCUUCGUGGGAGGUUUGGCGUGGGAGACGCCGACCGAAGAGCUACGGCGAUACUUCGAGCAGUUUGGCGAGAUCCUCGAGGCUGUCGUCAUAACCGACAAGAACACUGGCCGGUCCAAAGGCUAUGGCUUUGUGACGUUUCGUGACCCGGACUCGGCCAGGCGGUCCGUGGCGGACCCCAACCCGGUCAUCGACGGGCGGCGAGCCAACUGCAACAUCGCUUCCAUGGGCCGGCCUCGCCCGUCUCCCCCUCGAGGGAGAAAUCUAGUUGGGAGCGCUUAUCAGGGCCCAUCUCAGGCUCUGGGCCCAUCAUAUAGCAGGUUGCCAACCCAAAUACCACCUCCUCCUCCAGUCCUCUACCCUACCCAUUUUGGGUACUACCCGGCUGAUUACGGAUACCAACAACAGGCUAUGUACAACCCUCAGAUGACACCACGGUACUACCAUCAGUUGUAUGGUUCUUCUUCAUCAUCGACUAUAGGUAUGCCAUAUCAUUAUCCCCAAAUGGGGUGCAUAAUGGCUACUCCAAGAGCAAGUUUUUCAUCAGCACCACAAAGUCCUCACCCACCAUAUAUGCGAUAUCCUAUGGUCUCUGUUGAGGGAUCCAUCUCACCUUCAUCCUCACAACCCUAUACCUUCCAACUCCCACCCCCUCCACAUGGAAGGCAACCCUCAAACAUGAUAGAUUCACCAACUUCUCAACAAUCCACCACUGCUGCAAAUACCGAAAAUGCGGAUGCUUGAGGAAAGAAUUUCACAUCCAUUUGGUGCCGUCUUUGCCUAUUAUCAGGUCGAAAUAUUAUGAAAAUAGUGAAAAGAUGGAAUCUCGAUAAUUGCUAUUAGCACGGAAGGCCUAGAUUUAUUCUUUUGUGUAUCAUGCAAAAAUAUUCUUGUCGAGGGUAAUUGAAUCGGCGAUGAACUAUUACAAGCCUUGGGAUGGGUACUAACUUACUCAAAAUUAUCUCUUUUUUUAAAAUAAAGAAUUCUUUUUAUUUUUCUGAGACAUCUCCUUCAUGUAUCAAAUAUUAGAUCUUUAUGUAUUCAUGAAAAAUUUGAAGUUCAUCGGAUAUGGAAUCAAUUUAUGAGAGAAACCAAACAAAAUGAAA